AUGGGACGGAUAAGGGUGGUUGAGCGAAAGAGGCAAGUUUAUGGCUGGAUACAAAGGGAGGAGAAGGAGGAGGAGGGGAGCGAGGACGGGCCCCACUCUCAACAGUUCGAGUUUGCUGAUGGUGUUGGAGUUAGUGAAUUUGGGCCGUGCGGGGCCGCCGCCGCCGUGCGUGGGUGCGCGCCGUGCAUUGACAACCGGUGUAUUGUUUGCACGAUGCAGUAUGCUUUCUGA